GUGGGAAAGUCUUCAAAUGAGGGUUUUAGCCUCUUACCGACACUGACAUCCUAGAGCCACACUUGAAGACUACACUCCCAUUCGUAAAGGAAACUAUUUCGAACUGGUGUCACGGGAUUUUAGGUAAAUAUGUGUGAAGCGCCGUGUGGCCUCCUGCUUGUGGCCUUGCUCGCCUAUGGUCUUGUGCCGAUCCAAGGAGAGUUGACCUUGACCCCACUAAUUGUCGACGAAGAAACCGGAUUGGCUGAAUUCGUCCUGACCGUGACCCCGGCUCCUGGGGCGGAAUGGAACAUAUCUAUUGAUACCGCAGAGGACAGCGCAAUCGCAGGUGUGGACUUCGUUUCGACAUCGGUUUCCCAUACAAACCUUGCUAUAGGCGUUAAGGAGGUGUCCAUUUCGGUGCAAAUACUAUCAGACCCGGAACCUGAGUUCGAUGAGACAUUCCUCAUUCGAGUACUCGAUAUUUCAUUGCCUGGCGAACAGCUGAAGAACUUUGUAGUCACUAUAGCUGACGAUGACCGUGCCCCCGCGUUUCUAGACUUCCCUGACAUUGUUGCUGUGAGGGAAGGUUCACAAAACGCGUCCUUGACACUCUCACGGAUAGGCGAUAGCUUGUUUGCAUUUACCAUUACCGUGAACACCGAGGCCGUGACGGCUCUCCAGGGGAACGACUAUAUCGGCGUUCAAAACAGACAGAUCGAUUUUCCCGCAGGCCAGACAAGUUUGACAAUCCCCGAUCUUGUACACAUCAUCGAUGAUUCGGAAACAGAAGAAAUAGAGAUUCUUGAGAUACAAAUAACUGGAAACAAAAUCGCUGAAGAAAUCUUUAUCGGCGUCUUUAUAUUUGACGAUGAAACCCCAGUGAAUUCUCACUGUCGUCGCCAGGGACAAUUCUGUCAGAAUGGGGGAGCCUGCGAUGUUAAUAUUGGCCUUUGUAGCUGCAACGACCCUUUCGAUGGGCCUAACUGUGCCAUUAAUUUAGAUGAAAUCGGUGGGCCAGAAUGCAUUGACCUUCCUUGCCAGGUGGGAACGUGUGUGGUCAGUGCCGGUGUACCGUCUUGCAUAUGUGACCCUGGAUUUACGCGGACUUUGUGCGAUAAGAAAGCUUACUACCAUCAGUGUAACCCCAACAACAUCAGCGUCUGUAUCACUCCCUUCUCCGUCGACACCUUCGUUGGCACGAUCUACGUCACAAACCACAGAAACACCGUCGGCUGUAACCUCACUCUCGCCCCAAACCCAGCUGAUCCUAGUGACGGCAUCGCCGACUGGUGUCAGGGCUAUGCUGGGAUAUUCGAAUACAACGGCACCUGUGGAGACCUUGGGCCAAUUACAGAGGGAGGAAUGAGCAUCUUCCAGCUGCAGUUGAGUGUCCGCUACUCCCCUGGUAUAGACUUGGUCACUGACGAGGCAGUUACCUUCAACUGCACCUACAGCAGCGACGCCAUUGCCCUCAGCAGCCAGUCACUAAACAUCAGCGAUAACGGGGGGACUAAGAACGGAGGUGAUGCGCUGUUUAUUCCCGCUUCACAGACGGUGGUCAGGCCUGAUGGCACUACUAUCCAAGGAACGGUUACCUCUGGAGAAAGCGUCAAGGCUUGUGUAACAGUAAACGGCUCGGAUGCUUUCAAUGGAAUCGCUGUCCACAAGAUCACCGUGAACAACACUCGGGGAGAACCACACUACAGAGAAAGGAUCUUGUAUGAUGAGGGGUGUGAGAGCGAUGACGGCUUGCUGUCAGAGAGUCCGGAGUGGAAUCCCAUUGCUUCCCGUCAUACCAUGUGUUUUGAGGUCGAGGUGUUCAUAUUCAGUGAUGACAAUGGUUUGUCCGACCCAGCACUGGGGAUUGUCACACAAGUUAGAGUGUCCGCAACAGAAGGAGCUGCUGCCAAACCCACCUGCGCUACAGGACGCCGACGACGAGACGCUUCCGUGACGGGUACAUCAGAAGACGAGACCUUGACCUCUGUCGUCCACCUGGCCAAACCCGUGGCACUUGCAAGCACCAGCUCCGAGGAAACUACGUGUGCCAGAGAAUGGUUGAUGCCCGCCAUGAUCGGCCUCGGCAUCGUCUCCAUCACUAUGGCUGUCGUCAUCAUCAUCCUCGUCUACACUGCCAUCAGACAGUUCAAGUCAAAGCAAAUACAACAAAACGCACUUACUUGAAUGACAUUCUUCAAAUUCUACCACUCUGAUUGAAAGCAUUAUUGUUUGUGUAUUGUCUAUAAUUCUAUGAUUCUAUGAUCUUGUAGCCAUAGUAACGAGCCGACCCGGAGAGCUCCAAACGUGGUAUUUGAAGGAAGAGGAUUUAUGGGUGUCAACUUCUUUUUAUCGUCCAAAACUGGCUCCCACAGGAGAUAUCGCUUGG